CGUUGUCAAGGCGACGAGAAGGCACAGCUGUAGACUCGAAGCUCCGACCGAGUUUCCCGGGGGUGCGCGCCCUCGGCUGAACUCGUGCGACCCUCAGUGACCUCGGCGUGAACUUGACCCGUCUUUACAGCCCGCCCUCUGACGUCAUCAGCGAAGCGACCCUCAUUCCAAUUCAGGGCUCCAUACCCCGAAAAGUCGGUUAGUCGUUUAUGACUGAACGGGAGAAUCCCAUGCACGUGCAGAGCAGCAUUGUAAUUGACCAGAAGAGACACCCGACGACACGAGCAAAUGGCUCUCGUACCGUGAAUUAGCUGAUAAGGAAAUUCCUCGUCUCCUGGAAACUGUGUAUUCUCGGUUCGUCGUUUGCGCGCUCUCAUAAAUUUCUAUUUCUCGUAAAAUAGACUCUCAGGCACCUAUUUGCAAGAACAAAGAGUCAGCCGGAUGAUUUCGCAAUUAAAGUGACGUGAGUCACGAUGUGAAGUUCCGUUUCGAGUAAGGAUGAAAAAUCCGUAUUAUUUUAAUUGCUGCUUUUAUCGCUGCGUUCUUAUUCGGGAGGAUGAACAAUCUUAAGAGCAUAAGAAGGUGGCUCUCUGAACGUAAAGAGCGCAUGACCUGCACGAAGUCGCGAUUCUCCAAGAGCAGGAGAGAACGGGAACAGGAGAACCCUUAGGGACAACCGUAGAAAUCAUAAGGGACACGGCGCAGGCUUCGAAUCGAUCCUCCACCCCUGGCUGCUGGAGAAACAACCCCCGGCCGACGAGCGUGGAGCGAGGAGCGGGGAGAGAGGAGAGAGGAGCGCGCCGACCGUCGACUCCGAACCUAACAACAGUUCAAAACCAUCCCAAGCAAACAUGGCGCUUGAUUUCGCAGCCACCUACAAGGUCCUCGUACUUGGCGACUCGAACGUUGGGAAAACUUGCAUCGUGCAUCGCUACUGCGACGAGAGAUAUUAUGACACCUACAUAUCCACCAUCGGUAUUGACUUCAAGCAGAAGAUCAUUAACCUUGACGGGACGCCGAUCAAACUGCAGAUAUGGGAUACCGCUGGUCAGGAGAGAUUCAGGACCUUGACGACGGCUUAUUAUCGCGGGGCUAUGGGAAUUCUUUUGAUGUACGACGUUACCAGCCUCGAGAGCUUCAAUCACCUGUCCUAUUGGCUGCGUAACAUUCAAGAGAACGCGUCGCCGGACGUGGUGAAGGUGCUGGCGGCCAACAAGUGCGACGCCACUUCUCACAGGGCCGUCGAUGCCGAGAGAGGCCAGAAGAUCGCCGAGAACUUCGACAUGCCCUUCUUCGAGGUCUCGUGCAAGGAGAACAUCAACAUAGAGGAGGCCUUCCUGACCUUAGCUAGGAGAAUACGGGAGCAGCGAGGUCGUCGGGCGAGUCUCUUCGAAGCUUCGGAGAGAGAAGGCGCCGACAGCGUGAUAAAGGCUCAAUCGCCGUCGCAGCAAGGAGACGCGUGGAGAUGUUCGUGUUAGCUUCUCCAAGUAUCCAUCCUCCUUUUACGUGGCUCGCGUCACGAAGCUCACCUUACGGAGUAUUGGAAUAUUAAGAUUUUAAGCUUAGGAAGGUUUGUCUACUUUUCGGGUUAAGCGCGUGUCACGCGUACGUCUCUUGCAUUUGCGUGGCCGAAGGACGUGCACGGAAGUGACGUAGCGCGUGAUACAUGGACGUACCGCGAUUUACUAAUCGCUCGCAGUAAGAAUCGGCCGAGGGCCAACUGUCCGGCUUUUCCCGUUCCAGAGGAGCACAGGGUGCACUAUGGUCACUUUGACGUCAGCCAGGACGAGGCGCUCGUUCGAUUGUUACAGGUUGGGGUAAUUCUUAUGAUACAAAGGGACAAUUAAUGGGACGUAAAAGUAUGGAAGGGUGAUGGCUCGAUCUUUACAGCGGUGAAUUCAUGAGCAGUCGUGCUCUUAAUCGUGCGCUCACUCUUGUCAGUCGUUAAAGUCAAGACUAAUAGAUUCGGACUCCAGGCUGAAAAUAUUUCAAUAAUUUCAGCUCGGAGUUCGGCUGCCAUACUACAUAAUAACGUAUUUCACUCUUUCUGAACUCUACAGUCUUAAUAUGUAAAUUGAAUGUCUCCGCACGAGAUACGAAUAUAAAGUCACAGGACGACGCGCACCUCGCGGAUGCAUAGUUGGUUAGCGUUGAGACGAGUGAGCUGCAAAUUUUCGAAUUAACAAAACUAUACAUAUAGGCUUCGCGUGUACGUGAGAGAGAUGCUGCUAAAGUAUAUGAACGCACGUGGUCGGCCUUCCAUUUGAACCUGGACAAUAGGACAGGAUUCUAGGAUCCAUCGUCGUCCAUUUUAUUAUCCAGGCUGGUCGAUCCGAAAACAUGCUAAAUCUUAUCAGGGCCUAAACACUGACAUUCUAAUCGAUGCUACUCGUAUUGCUACUCGAUGUAUCUAUACCGAAAAGUCUUCAAGCGCAUUGUGAUUACUGGCUGAACUCAUUCAUGAGAAAUUCGACUUUGCUUGAGCAUUUCUCUUAUCGAGGACCAUCGAUUUACUUGACCGGUAGACGCCUACGAUAAUCCCAGGGGGGAGAGAGAGAGAGAGAGUAAGGAUUUCAUGGGUUGAGAUUCGGGAUGGAAUGCGAAUGGGUGACUGAUUCAAUGAGUAACUGAGAGAAAGAGAAAGAGAGAAAUUGAAGUAUAUGGUAAAGAAAGGCUGUAAAAUUCGGUGAAAAGCAAAGAAUAUGGAAGCAAAAGGAAGAAAAGGGUACAAAAGGCUCGAGAUGAAAAUCGUAGGGUUCGAAUGAAAUCUUUAUUCCAGGAAGAUUGUCCAAAAAAAGGGAGGUGCAGGUCGACAAGACGAUGUGCAUAGACGCUGGUUGUUGUUCUCCCGAUAAGGAGCACUGUCGUAAAUCAUAAUAAUCGUUUAUGCUCGCAAAAAAAAAGAAAAAAAAACCACGCCUUUAUCGUGCCUAUAAACGGGAAAAAGUAAGAGCGAAUAAAAGUAAGCUGCUUUCCGUAGAUCGAGAAUCGAAUUAACUUGUUGAGAGAGGGCUGGAGGUAAAGCGGGUGGCGUUCAUCAGCGAUGAUCUGUACCGCCACGAUAGGAUGACGCCUCAGAGAUUCUUGGGAAUUUGUGAAAAAUAAAUCGGCAACGUUUCCAUCGCGCUGGCGACACGAUUGUUCCUUCGACUCUUGAAACGACGUGCGAUUCGUUCGUCUUAUACGAAUUAACAGAAGCUUUGACGGGCUUUGUACUAUCGCGAAAAUGAUAUAUCACUGUUGCUUUUGUAUAUUUAUAACUCGCAGCAAAUUUGUAUGAGCUCUUUGGACUCUUUGGACUCUUCGAACUCUUAUCUUAUCUUGCUAAUGUAAGCAUUCCGUAGGAUGGAUUUUAGGGUGAGGUCUGUGCAGCACGUGAUUAGGGACAGCAUGGGAGUGUGUGUGGGCGCGUGUGCAUAUUUGCCGAAUAAUACAUUAAAGCACUUGGCUCAUCCAGCCUCUCAGCAUCUCAACUAGCAUCGGGAGCAUCCUGAGCUUGUGUUUCGUAGGGAAUCGCGAAUAAUCGUACCUCCGAGUGGGCAGAGUGAGCGAAGCGGCAGCUUCCGUUCUUCAUGAAUGAUUGUCGAAUUGGAAAUAAUUGAUAAUUGAACUUUUGACCGAUGCCUGAACGUUUGCGCAUCGUCGUCGCUUAAUGAUUUCAAUAUAUUUCUCUAGAGCUGGUCUUCGGAGAGAGAAUCGUUUGUAAAUCAAUUUUUUAAUAGGAUUUCGCUAUGACCUUUUUAUUCGUAUUGCGCCAUGCCCUGCAGAGAAUUACUUUGUUAUUUCGGUAGGAUUUUAGCAAAGAGUAAAAGCCAAAGGAGAAUGAAGAAUACAAGAGGCAAUGGAUCUCACUGUUUUUAAGGGACUUUACGUGUCCACUCGUACGUCACAUGGUUGGCUGCAUCGGAGACGCAUGGAGAUGCGCGGUGGAGUCGAGGGUCCACGCAGAAGCGGGAGAGAGAUGGAGAUGUAAGGAAACGAAGAGAGGAAGGGCAUGUCAAAAGUUCCUAAAAACAAAGUAUCACGUCGCAGGUUAUUGGCAAUUUUUCUUUAGAUAUUUAGAGAGAAAAAUAAAUCGAGAGAGAGAUAGAUAAAAAGAGCGCGCGAGAAAGAGAGGGAGCGAACGAGAGCGAGAAAAUAAAAGUUGAGAGAUGAAAAAAUAUAGCUUUUUCAUAUGACACCUAUGUAUAUGGAUUGGUUGACUUUCGUCAAUAUUUAAUGAUUAAUGAUACAUCUAAUGUACGCAUGUCAUCUGGAUUGAUCGGAACGAAAUACGGAUAUCGGUAAUGUUUAUUAGUUCAUAAGUUUGUAGGACAACUGUACAACUUGGUGUCUCAGUCGAUAAUAAAUAAAGAUGCACACUUUUUACUUA